AUGAAUUCUUCUGUGUCUGCAAUAAUUUUGCUCUUGUGCGGGAUAUUCGGUGGAGUUUGGGGAUACACAAUUCCACAAGGGCCAGCAGAUGCUGUACGUCGAGGUGUAGCAAUCAAUACCACAAGGGCGGGAUUUCUUUAUGGACCAGCAGUAGCUGGCGGGCCACUCUACCCAAGUGGGCCCUUAGGCAAGGCAAAGGUGGCGGCAGAUAUAGGAAAUGAACAGCUCGAGACCACACCUAACAGUUUAUUGGUGGCGGAGGACACAGCGCGCGCCAGUAGCUCUACGGAGCAGUAUCAAGGCUUAGAUACUUUUGAAGAAUACCUGCUCUUGUAUCAAGGGCAAUGGGCUAAAACCUUACCCAAAGGUCCGGCCCCGGGUUUACUCACCAAUUACACACAAGAUCUCUUCUUCUCAAUGGAACGGCUAGCCAAUUCCGCCUUUUCCGUGCGACGACUUCCGAGAUCCUCGGAGCUCCCCUUCCAGGUGGACUACUCGACCGUUUCCAAAGUUACGGGCUCGUCUCUAUCUCUCCAGAAGUUGCUCCAGGACGGUAGACUUUUCUAUGCUGACCAUCGCGCACAAGCAAGCUGGCCAAGAACGACGAACAAAUUUGCAGCGGCUUGCGAUGCCUACUUUUACAUGUCGAAGAGAGGGCAGUUCCUCCCCCUCGCUAUAAGAACCAAUGUCGGAUCAAACCUCAUCUAUACACCAAUUGAUGAAGAUGCCGACUGGACACUGGCCAAAAUCAUGUUCAAUGUCAACGACUUCUUCUUUGCGCAGACAUGGCAUCUUGCAGCAACUCACGAGAUCGUACAGAUUGCUUGGAUGGCAGCGAUCCGUACUCUUAGCAUCGAGCAUCCGAUAUAUGCACUUUUGGAUCGAUUGACUUACCAGCUCUUCGCUAUCCAACCACUAGCGCAAAGCUUCCUGUUCGAUAAUGGUACAGCUUUUGAUACCUUAUUCCCCAUUACCGGCACUGGAGCGCGCGACUUCGUCACUGAACUCUACUUCAACGGAACCGGUUCAUUCAAAGAGGGAUAUUUUGAGACCGAUCUGCAGAAGAGGGGUCUCAUCAAUGGCGAUGGGCCCAAGCUGAAACACUUCCCAUACUAUGAAAACGCAUCUACUAUCCACAAGGCGAUCCGGAGCUUUAUGCGUACCUUUGUCAGGUCGUUCUACAAAUCCGAUCGUGCUGUUCGUGGCGAUCCAGAACUUCAAGCCUGGGCUACUGAAGCUAAUGGUCCUGCCAAAGCCAUCGAUUUUCCUAGCAAGUUCGACAGUGUAGAUGAGCUCACUGAUGCUCUCACUCACAUCGCCCAUCUAGUGUCGACAGUCCAUCACUCGGUCAACACCAACAAUCUGCUCUCCAUAUCAGCUACGCUGCCCAUGCAUCCCGCCUCACUUUAUAGACCUGUGCCAACUACCAAGGGUAUUACUUCGGUCGCACAAUAUCUACCACCUCUGCAAGCUGCGUUGGCGCAGUUCCAGGUCGAUGGACUUUUUGCAAGACCACUUAUCGCGAACAGCACCCGCUCGCUUUCGUACAUGUUCGACAGCCCUACAUUUCUUAAUGGAACCAACCGUGAAACUCGCACAGCUGCGGCAGAGUUCAAGGAGGCAAUGUUCACAUUCAGCAAACAGAUCCGAAGUCGUACGUUCAACAGAGAUGGCCUCAGUCAGGGAGCGCCGUUCAUUUGGAGAGCUCUAGAUCCAACGGAGGCGCCUUUCUCACUAACGAUCUGA